AUGACUACAACGCAAUCAUUUAUUGCGGAACAUUCUUUGUUCGAACAGAAGCCUCCGUUAGUCGAAAAAAUAUUAUGCUAUGCUGUAAUUGCUAUCAAGAGUAUCGCUGCCAAAGACAAGCUUGCCAAUUAUCUGAUGAACAAUGGUUUUGAUGAUAUGUUGUUCGUUGAAGAUCUUCGUGACCAUCCUAUUGUGAAGUCAGCAUUUCCCGAAAUCACUUCUGAGCAACUGCAACUGCAUGAGCAGCAAUCCACGUCGCAAGAUCCCGCAGCGUUCAAUUCUUCUGAUGAUGUUCUUGAAAGACCGUAUAUCAAAGAAGAGCAUGAGGACUGUGAGGAGAUAUCUGCAGUUCAGCUCAUUGGUGACUUGUUCGCAAAUUCAACGACGCCAUCGACAAGUUACUCAGACAAUGCACCAGGUGCGACAGAAGCGGGAAGCGAUGAAGUAGCUGAUCAGAGAAUGGACGUGGUUGAGUCGCUGCUCAACGCUAAGUGUGACUGCGCUCGAGAUCAUUCCGAUGCAGCAAGACCGGAGCUAGAAGAAGUAUCUGGCCCUAAGAACAAUACGAGAAGACGUUGUACCGGAUGUUACUCUACAACAUCAAAAGAGCAGGGACGCGUAGUA